CCAGAUUUAAACUGGCGGCCACGUUUGAAUCGCGUCAUUUGCUGAGUGUUGUCCUGUAGUUUUCGGAAGGAAGGUGUUGCAGAGUGUGUCACAAAUUAUGGCUCACAACUUGUCGUUUGAUUUGGAAGAGGAGAGACGAGGGAUCACCGCCCGAUUGAAGGCCGCGAUGGAGAGCAUAAUACAUAAGUACCAGGAUGUUGAUGAAGAAGAAGGUGACUUUGUUACACUGGACAACUUGGACAUAUGUGUAGACAAGGGUCAACUCAGACAUCAAGAGGCAGCACAUUUUGGCUUCCUACAAGCUGCUCUUCCAGAAGACUCUGCUACCCCCCAUGCCAGUCAUGAUGACAGGGAACUUGUCAGUUACCCUGAACUUGAUGAUGAACAGCCGACGUUAGGAGUUAUGAUGCUGAGGGACUUUGGUAAUAGGAUGGAACAGUCCAUAUGCAUGAGAUCUAAGAAAAGUGAUGACGGUAAAGUCUACUGGGAGCCUGAAGAUGAUGUGGAAGAGGACAUGUUGACUAUUGGUGAUGAUGACAGUGACCGUGGAGACAUCAGUAGUGAUGAAGACAAGUGGGCAGAGACUGAUAAGGAGAAUAAUACAGGGAGGAGAUCAACAGUUGAGCUGAAUGAAGAAAGUCCUGGAGACAGCAGAUGCUCAGCAGAGAGUGAUGAGAAUGAUGCACGGAGAAGACAACCACUUGAGCAAAAUGAAGAAAGCCCUGAAGACAGCAGAGGCUCAGAAAGUGAUGAAAAUCUAUCAGAUUCAAGUGGUAUAAGUUACAGAAACACACAAAAUUCCAUCAUAUCAACCGAUAGCAUCAACCAAAAUCACAGAAGAGACAAAGACUACAAACAGAAAACAAGAACAGUUCACAAUGGUAGAGACUCGAUGGAUAUCCCUACAAACAGGUACAAUCAUAAUGCCAGCGCUAGAAAAGGCAUUUACAAACACAACAAACCAACUAACAAAUCUACUAAUGGCAGCAACCAAGACCACAAGAGAACUGAAAAAUCUAUGCCAGUUCACAAUUCCAAAAGUAAGGAGUCAAUGGAAAUGCCUGCUGACAGGUACAGAGACAAAGGGAGCCAUAGGAUGAGUGUUGACAAAUACAACAAACCGACUAACAUAUCUGCCAAUGGCAGCAUUAGUUUAGCAGGUGAAAGUGAAGAUGAGCUCUCGGGUUCAAGUGGUUUUAGUUAUGAAGAAGAACACAAGUCUAAAACACCUACUGAUGUCAGCAGCAAUGAUCACAAAAAAGGUAAUGGCUAUAAAGAGAAAACUUUGCCAUUUGACAGAAGCAGAAAGUAUAUGGAAAUCCCUACAAGCAAGUGCAAAGACAACUCAAGCCAUAGAAAAACGGUUGACAAACACAACAAACACAUCAGGAUAGGUCCUGAUUUUUUGUCAUUAUUUCCUGAAAGCCACAGAAAGAAGACGCCAUCAAAACCUGUACAAAAUAGAGAUGAACACAAAGGCUUUGGUACAGACAUUAAACCUAAAAUACAGCCAGCUUCCACACCAGUCGCUGACUGCAGUAAGCUUAAUAGCACACUAGUCAAAAGGGAAGAGCUCAGUAACUCAACAAAGAAAAGGCAAAGUUAUACCAAUGUGUGUAUAGUUGAAGAGCUUGAUGACAUGUACAGUGAGUCUUUGCCGUCAUCGAGUCGUAAAAACAGAAAAGAUAGCAGCCGUCCAAAAGUAGGGUCACCUUGCAGUUCAAAUUCUGGCCAUGGUACUCCUAUUUCAGGAAAGUCAGAGAAACACAUGAAGAAAAUUGACAGGAAGCAUAGUGACCGAGAUGUCAUAGAUCUGUUGACAGAGCCUGACGCGCAUUCAGAGAUGGGGAAUGUAACUCCAGUACAUCACAGAAGCUUCAGCAAUGCAGAGAAACCUGACCAGGGUGCCAGGAGAAGAAAUUGUUUCAGUGUUCCAGCUAAGAGGAGAAUAAUGGCCCUAACAUCAAGUAGGGACACUGACAUGAACUCUUCCAGUUCAGCUGCAAGCCCCAAAAUGCACUUACUCACACAUGAGGACAUCUGUGACCUUUUGGGAGAACAGCCCAGCACUACACAUCAAGGGAUGAAGCAAAGAGUAAAGUACAAAUAUGUUCCCAGUGCCAGUAUGGCCCUUCAGUCUGUGGAAGAAUAUGGAGACAGCCAGAAGGGCAAGAGCGACACAGGUUUAGGGAAGCAGCAAGAUUGCAAAGAAGUUCAGUUGAGUUCUAAAGACAGUGGUACAAAAGUGACCAGAACUGCAUCAACUUUGAACACGGUAAAGAAAGUUUCAGUCUCAAAGCCCCAUUCCACAAAGGAAAAGCUGGUUGUGGAACCCUUCAAGCAGAGGUUGCACCAAAGUGGCUCAUCUCAAGAUGAAAGUCUGACCGUCAGUAAUUCAAGUUUCCACAGUCUGUCAGAUGAAUACCCACAGUAUCAAAGAGAGGGUAGUGAAAACACAGAAGCAUUGCAGCCCAGCACUUCACACAGUGAAGACGAGAAUUGCAGCUCUAAACCUGACCACAGCAUUGAGAUGGAGCACUCAAACCCUAAAUUCCUCACUUACAGUCCCCAGUUCUCAGUAGAGAGCAGUAUCAAACAUGUCGAGGAUCGACUCCCUUCAGUCAAGUCACUGAAGUCUUCACAGGGAGCAUUAAUGACUCCUCUCACUCCCAUAUUGAAGACCCCCGGACAGAGGAGUGCCACACCUUGCAGGGAGAAGACUCAGAAGAAGCGUGUGUAUUUUUCAGCAGACCCCACAAAUGUUGAAGAACAGAGCAUGCAGGAUACCCUUCAGUUCUGGAAAUCUCGUAUGCAACAGUCAAAGGUCAAUCACGACGACUCUGAAGUUGAUCUCCCAUCUCCAGAGCCCCACCAGGAAGAUCAACAAAGGCAGGAAACGUCUGAAGAGAUUCUUGAGGAGCCAGCAUUUCACUGCUUUCAGUAGGUGACGAGUUGUCUCACCUUCAUAAGAGUGCUGCCAUUCAGACCUCCAACUCCUAGAAGAGAUGCUGACAAACCAAGAUUCUCAACACCAAAAGGACGCAAGAUUCCACAGGAAGAUGAAGCCCCCUCUCCCUGCACACUCAUGCGGAAUCAAUUGGACAACAUAAAACUGGGGUCCCCUAUUCAAAAAGGUCCUUCAACAAAACAGGAUGUGCUGAACAACCAGUCCCCAGAAAAAAUGGAGAUGGAUGAGUCACCAAAAUGUUUGACAGACUGGACCAAACAGUUUGCAAACAGGGAACGAAGAAAGAUGGACUACGGACUGACGGAGAGGAAGAGCGACAGAGAAUCCCGAAUCUUGCGAGUCAACACCAGUAACUCCUCCUUCAGUGAUGCAGCAGCAUUCUCCCAGUCAUCUGCAUCAAGUGGAGAGAAAGACGAUCAGACUGGAUCAAACAUUCUGACACAAAGAAGUAGCAGGCUGAACGGCACAAAUGUUGUAACAGCUCCCAAAACAGACCCAAGACACAACAAGAAGGGCACCAAAAACAGACCCUUCGAUGUAACAAGAAGGCUAAAUAGAUCAGAGGUGCUAGAUGUACAAAGAAGUGAGAUUAACAGUGAUAAGGGAAGACCACGGUUAUUUAAACAACCUGAAAGCCCGUAUAUUCUGAGACCAAGGAGAACAAUCAGUUCUUCUGACGAUCAGGACGUCAAGAACAGCCCAAGAAAAACAUCUUCCAGACAAAAUACAAGGCACACCACAGCCAAAGGAAGACAGACAGAACAAUUGUCUAGAAGUGUUGAGAAAAGAAAGACUGACAAUUUUCGUCUAACUCCAUCUCAAGCAAGAGCAGUAGACAGACAAAGGAAAGACACUAGGCAGUGGGGUUGGAGACAUUCAAGUUUCUCAUCUGAGGCAGAAACAACUAGCAGCACUCAACAGGUUUCAUCAUCAGAAGUAGGAGAGAGAAGGG